AGCUCACAUCUGUGAUACGCAGUCAAAAACUUUAUAGUUCGCAUGACCCCUUAGUUUUCGUGUUUGUUGAUGGAGGGUCACUUCACACACGGUCCCUAAGCCGUUGGGCGCUCCCCGUGUGUGCUGGUGCUGAUGCAGACAGACAGAAGCAUCUAACCGGACAUUAACCACAGGAGGUGUUUUAAAGUGAUGCUUUGACAGUUUGAAGGGCUUCUUGAGACCUGCGCCACUGCCAUGGCGGUGCGCUCUGACCUGUUGGGUACGGCUCAGCCGGCGUUUGAGUCCUGGCCUGCAGGUGGUGGCAGUCCUAUGGAAGAGCUGGACGUCAGGAGUUUCCUGGGCUCACUGAUGGAGGAGAACAGCACAGCAGAGAGAUGUUAUCGCUCUCACUCCCGCAGCAGCGUCCUGCAGGGCCUACCCUUUGGAGGAGUCCCCACUGUCCUCGCCAUCAACGUCGUUCUGUGGCUGUUCCUGCUUCUAGUCUUCUCCUGUUUGAGGAAGGCAGCUUGGGACUACGGCCGCCUGGCUCUUCUUAUGGAAAAUGACAGCUUGACAUCACUAUUCUAUGGAGAACAAAGCGAGAAGGAGAAAACCCCAUCAGAAUCCAGUCCAUCAGACUCAGAGACCAAGGACACGGGCUUCUGUUCCUGGCUCAGAUCUUUGUACCACAUGAAGGAUGAGGAGAUCCGCAGUAAAUGUGGCAUUGAUGCAGUCACAUACCUGUCUUUCCAGCGCCACAUCAUCCUGCUCAUGAUGGUGGUGUGUUUGCUGUCGCUCACCAUCAUCUUGCCCGUCAACCUCUCCGGGAACCUACUCGGAGAUAAUCCACAGAAUUUCGGCCGAACAACAGUGGUUAAUGUCCCUGCACAGAACACAUUUCUGUGGUUGCACAGUAUCUUUGCUCUGCUGUAUUUUAUGAUCACCGUACUGAGCAUGGCCCAUCACUCCUCACAACUGGAAUACAGAGAGGAUGAGAAGGUGGCCAGAACUCUAAUGAUAACGUCAAUUCCCAGAGAAAUCUCUGAUCCCGGCCUGAUCACCAAACACCUGCAUGAAGCCUACCCCAGCUGCACUGUCACAGACAUCCGGUUCUGCUUUGACGUACAAAACCUAAUGAAGCUGGACUCGGAAAGGCGAAAAGCAAUGAAAGGAAGGCUGUACUUCACAACCAAAGCUCAGAAGGAAGGCAGGAUCAUGAUAAAGACUCACCCCUGUGCACAGAUCUUCUGCUGUGAUAUAUGUGGCUUUGAACAGGUGGAUGCAGAGCAGUACUACAGUGAGCUGGAGGAGAAACUGACAGAUGAGUUUAAUGCAGAGAAGAAUCGUAUCGCUAUGAAGAGGCUGGGCAUUGCCUUUGUUACCUUCAGAGAUGAGAGGAUGACUGCAGUCAUUGUGAAAGACUACGGCCGAGCCCGCUGCCGACACAGACCCCAGCAGUCCAGCAUCACCACAGUGGUGCGCUCCCAUCAGUGGGGCAUUUCUUAUGCCCCUGCCCCCAAUGACAUCAUCUGGGAAAAUCUGUCAGUGUGCGGUUCUCGCUGGUGGCUCCGCUGCGUCCUGCUCAACAUUAUGCUCUUCCUCUUGCUCUUCUUUCUCACAACCCCUGCUAUCAUCGUAAACACUAUGGACAAGUUCAACGUCACUCGGCCAGUUGAAAGCUUAAGGAACCCAGUAAUUACCCAGUUCUUCCCCACCCUGCUCCUCUGGGCCUUUUCCAUUCUCCUGCCCUUCAUUGUGUACUAUUCAUCUUUCUUUGAGUACCACUGGACCAGGUCCGGUGAGAAUCAGGUCACUAUGCACAAAUGCUUUUUACUGCUUGUCUUCAUGGUAAUCAUUCUACCGUCACUUGGUCUAUCCAGUUUGGAUUUGUUCUUCAGGUGGCUUUUUGACAUCCACUUCCUGGAUGAAACAGAUAUAAAGUUUCAGUGUGUGUUUUUGCCUGAUAAUGGAGCUUUUUUUGUGAACUACGUGAUCACGUCGAGUCUGAUCGGAACAGCCAUGGAGCUUCUGCGUAUUCCUGCUCUACUGGUGUACUCUCUUCGCCUUUGCUUCGCCAAAUCUAAAGCUGAGCGCAUCCAUGUUAAAAGAAGUCAGGCCUACGAGUUUCAGUUCGGUCUUGAGUAUGCCUGGACCAUGUGCAUAUUUUCAGUCAGUAUGACCUACAGCAUCACCUGCCCCAUCAUUGUACCUUUUGGGUUGCUUUACCUUGUGCUGAAGCACAUGGUAGAUCGGUAUAAUAUCUACUACGCCUAUAUACCUACAAAGCUCAGCCAGCGGAUCCAUUCGGCCGCCAUCAGUCAAGUGGUGUUGGCGCCCAUUCUCUGCAUGUUCUGGUUGCUGUUCUUCUCUGUGCUCAGACUGGGUCCAGUGCAGCCCAUCACUCUGUUCACCUUCAUAACUCUCCUGUGCUGUAUUGUCUUCUCCUGCUUUGGCUUUUGUCUGAAAAAACUACAACCUGACAGAUCAACAAGCUAUCAGAUGUCCGAUCAGACGACAGAAGGAGGCUUCAGUGAUGCAGAGCGAAGCACUGUUUCUACCACAACCACAGCUAAUCUUUUUAUAGCCUCCGUCCUGCUGGAGCCAGAGCUGGGACUGACUCCCAUGCCCUCUCCGGCCCACCAGAGCUAUGGCACCAUGGGGAACAGCCAGAGUUCAGCGCGUGACGCUGAAGGAGUGGAGGAGAAGGAUCUGGAGGAAACUUUGGAGACUGAACUCAAGGAUGAGCCAGAUCCCAGUUGCCCGAGCCCUCUCAUGGACAGUCCUGUGGGUUUCCAGUGACCAACUUGCCCAUCAUCCCCUCUCCCUAACUAACGCUCAAGCCCCAUGCCUCAUCUUAGCUAGUGGCUGAUAAAGAGGCACUAUGCUGCAAAUUUUUUCCUCUAGAACCUCCAUUUACGAGUAAAAGACAACAAAUUGCAUCCAUCCAAGCAAACCGCUUCAAAAGCUUGUUGGGAAUUCACUGACAUGGCGGUUUUAGUUCUGAGGACUUUGAUGAGCUUUCAAAGAAAUAUCUGAAGUGGAUAAAAGCAAAGAUCUGUCAAAGAAAGAGACCAGUCCACUUCUCUUGCUUGGACUAUGCUUUCUACUAUCUUCUAUAUUUUUCUUUUCUCUCUAAUGAUGUUAAUGGGUAUCUGACGGUUUGGUUGACUGAAGCUUGGAACAUUGUAUUUUGACAGAUUUUUUGAUGUACUUUUUUAUGCAUAGCCACAUCAUACAGCUCCAAAGAGUUGAGGCAAAGCUCCAGACAUGCAAGUCUGAUUUGCUUAAUACUCCCUUUGCUGUUGUCGCAGUUUGUGCUUAUUAUUGUUAUUUUUAUUCGGUACUUGUAUUUUAGCAAUGGUACGUAAUUGUGCAACAUUAUGCUGAGAGGCUGUUUUCAUGUGUUUACUAUUAGUAGAUUAUUAUUACUGUUAUUAACACCCUCAACCUUUUUUGCAGUCAAUCGCUCCCUGUUAUUGUUUAUUUUUCAGUGACAAUAGCAGUUGUGUUGUACAUACACAGCAGUGCAGUCAAUUGGCACUACAGUAGAUUUCAAAGUCAAUGAUGCACUCAUUACAUAAUUUAUUUAUCUUUUUCCUCUGAAGUUCAGUCAGUCAUUUGGUCUAUGGAGGACAUUCAAAAGUGAAGCUUUUCACUGACUAAUAUACAGUCUAAAUCCACUUAAUAAACUGAAAAAAUGUGCAAAAACAAUCAGAUUGUAGAAAAAACAAAAAAAAAGAAAAGCUGUUAAAGGAAUUAUUGAAAAGACUUAGGCCCUGUUUACACUAGUGCAUUUUCAUUUUAAAAUGCAUAUGUUUUGCGAUGAUGGCGGCUACCCAUGUUCGCUCUGCAUGUCCUUGACGAUCGUGUUAACAAUAACAUGGAGACUGAACUGCAAUCUUUUCUAGCUUUGUUGUUAUUUUUAGCUGUCUUUUUGCAAUUUUUUUAAUACUGCAGCUACCUACAUGCACAAGAGGCACUAUUUACACUUGUAUGCGCAUGCCCAGUGUUCAUGAACGGUCAUGUGACAUGCUUUUUCGUUCAUGUAGUAUAGACGGAGAUCGUUUCUGAAACGCUGUGGAAACGCCAGUCUAGACGACAAUCGUUUUCAUUUUGAAACGGCAUUUUAAAAUGAAAACGCACUAGUGUGGGGCCUUAAGCUCUCUUAUCAGCAUAAUUUUAACUCCCAAUUUCUACAAUGCACUAUUAAUGAAAGUCUAUAGAGCAUUACAGAGGGUUUAAGCUCUGUGAAGCUCUGUAAAAAUCGCUGAUAUUAGAGCUCCAGACAAAAUAAAAUGAUGAAAGAGCCACUGGCUCCUAAAAUAAAACAUUGUCUUUUUGUCUUUUUUGACUGACAACUUAUAGAAUCGCUAGAUCGUUCAGUCUUUGAGGUUAUAGCUUCAUACUUACCCUUUUAAUAUUGUCACUGAUGCAGUUAGGAAGAUGGUAUACAGACUAUAAUGAUUAAUUCCAAUUAAGCAUAUAUAAAAAUGACUCGCAGUUCACUGAUUGAGUCUGUUGUGAACUUGGUAGCGGCUUUGAACAAUUUCCUGACUGAGUCUGACUCGAACCGUAAAAUUGCAAGCUAGUUCGUGGCUUUCUCAUGAUUAUUCUAACCAAAAUAACCGGUUCACAAGAGUCGAUCAGACGCCACGCUCUGUGUUGUGUCACGUGUAACAUUGGCGUGCGUUCCAACGAAGCCGCAUUUGAGCAGGAAAAAGCAUCAACGACUUUAUUUUAAAUUAUCGUUGCGCAUUUUAUUCACAGUCUGGAGCUUUGUAUAUUGGGUUAUUUGAGCUGUAACUUUGUUUACAUGGUCAAUACAUUUGAAUAUUUUUAGGCCUAUCUAAAAUUGCUCAAACAAUGUACUUAAGCUAUUUUGUCACAGUAGUUUCAUGAUAACAUAUAUUUUCAUUUUGUGGCUAUACAUUCGAAACUGUAUUUCAACAUUUAUUCUGGUGCAUUGCUUACCACAGUCUUUUAUUGUAAGUGCAUUGCUGUAAACAAAUUUUUGGUUGUUUUUAAAAGCUGAUGGAUAAGUUAAAGUUAUAAUUAUCGAUGGAGCUUAACUUGUAUUAAAAUCAGAACAUUCUUUUAACGAUCAUCAAAUCCAUUAAAUAUUUUCAGGGUAAAAUCAUUUAAAGGAAGUGUAAUGACACAAACUGAAAAUGGUAUAUUGGAUGAUCCUGAUACAUAAAUCUCCAACUGCAUGUUGUUCUACUCUGUCACAUGCUCAAACCAGCCUGCAGCUCUCUUUAGAUCCGUCAAGUGUUGCUCUGGCUUCUGUAACACUUUAAUUUUCUUAGUAAAUUUUGUAUUCUUGGUCUUUGCUGCUAGUGGUUCUAGGACUGGAAGGGAAGGGGUGGGUGGAGGGUUUUCUUGCCAAGCUAAAUGUAAAUGAGUUGUGAUUUGUACCGUGCUCUCUUGCUGUGCCUUGAAGAAACAGAUCUUACGAAGAAAAUAGAAAAAACAAUGUUAUGUCUGACAAUCCAGCAUGACCUGCAAUAUGCUGCAUGGACCACAGAGCAAGAUAAGACAAAGAAGCUAAAUUCUAAAGCGCGUUCCACCAACGAAUCAAUCGUGAGAGAUUCCUAACAUGUUUAAAACCGACUUAGCCAUGAAACAUACUCUUUGCAAGUAUGCAAAUGAUUCUUGCUAAGUAAGUUGAUUUAGAUUUCUGAAAUGUGUCAGACCACUACUGAUAACAACGCUAAAAUCCAUUGCAUUCUUAGCGUUCGAAAUACCUCUAUAAUGGACAGAUAUUGUAAAACAUUUUUUGUUGCAAAAAUGUUGCCUUCAUGCCCAUUACUUUGAGCAGCAGUUUGAAGAGAAUCUUAUUGAGCAAGUUAAAUUUAGUAAACGGUUUACAUGCUCUUUGCUAGCACGCUAAGCAUAUUCAAUGCGCUGACCAAAUAUUUGCAUCUGCGUACUUGUGUAAAAGUGUGUUUCUGGCCAUACUGUUUAUCAGUAACUCAAUACAAUUGCAUCCCAGUCGCAUCUAAUUCAUACCAAUUUUCAUUGGUAUCGUCAAUCACAGUAUCUAUAAAUACAGGUAAUAUGCAAACACUCUUACAUCAAUGUCUUCAAUACCUAGGUACCUGACAAACUCUUGUGAGAUACUUUUUUAAUUUUCCUUUUGUUCUGUUUGUAUUCGCAAGCUGUUGACGUAUACUACUGUGUUUUCGUUCUUCAGUGUUGGGGGCCGUUUACACGACAUUUACAUGACAACACCGGUUUGGGAGCUUGAAAACGCUUUGAAAAUGGGUUUCAAAGUGCAAGUUUUUGAAAAUGAUACCGUUGUCGUCUCCGUGUAAACUACAAAAACGUGAAUUUGUGAAAAUGGUGACAUCAUGCGCAUGUGUAUUGCGUGUUCAGUCUAUAGGCGCGUAGUGUUUCUUUACAAAGUGACAUCGCCAACUACUGGCCUGGCAGCAUAAUGCAGCGUUUUUAGUAGUUUUCGCAGAUCCGUGUGAACAGGGAUCGUUUUAACAAUGUCAUCACCUGUACGCAAAAAAAAAAAAGGAAAAACGUUCAGGUUUUAGUACAUUGUUGUCGUGUAAACGUACCCUCAGUUUACGGAAUGUGGCUUGAGGUGCCAUUGUCAUGUGACAGGGCACUUAUGACAAAGUAAAUUGCUGCAUCAUGUUACAUUGAAGCAGCACAUCUCUUAAAAAUAUAAAACUAAAUUUGCCAAAAAAUAAUGCUGUCAAGUUGUGUCUUUAUUUCAUUUUUUUUUUUUUUUUUUGUACAUGUAUUUUAAACAAUUCCUAACCCUAAAGGCCCUGAUAUACUUCAGGCAAAAUUUGAAGAACGAACUGGUGAGAUGGCAUUUCAAGCAAAAUCAUGCCAAAACAAAGUUUUUUGGGAAGUUUGAAACAGCUUGCUGGUAAACACCUUCGAACUACCAGGUCCAUGGCAAUUACAUAAUAGGUUGGUGAGCUCUUCUUUAAUGAGGAAAUCUUCAAUUAUUUCUUCUGUUAAGUAUGUCGAAAUGAAACGCAUUGGAUUUAUAGUUGAUUUAUAGUUGAAAUUGAAGUUGCAAUUCUAAUUGAAAGGGACACUGGCAUUGUUUUUCAUGUUUAAUAUUGUAAAGCUGCUUGCUUUAAAGCGAUCUAUUGUAUAAAAUGCUAUAUAAAUAAA